AUGUCUUGUGUCACCUCGCUCAGUCUAACUAUUCGCUCAAACCGCCAUAAAGCUAUGCCCAUCAACCAACACAUUCUCCAGAUCCCCGAACCCUACCAGCGUCGCCCCUGCCCAGCGCACAACCUACUUAAGGGUCGAGCCCUCGCCACUCAACUGUAUCAUUUGCAAUCACCCCGAGCUUAUACACGAUACAGACACGCCACCUGUUUCGACCAGACCAGGCAGACCAGCCACAACGACCCUGGCCUCUCCAUGGCCACUUAUCACCAACCGUGCGCACGACACCAGCGUUACCUCAGCCCACCGUCGAACACACAACCACCGCCAAAUCGUGCUGUUCUGGUCAAGCCUGCAGUGCGGACCCAACCGGCGUUGCCUCCGCCUAGCGUCGAGAACUCAACCGCAUCAAAAGCUUCUCCUGCCCGCUGUUUUCACUAUUUGCGCCUGACCGAAGACCAAUGCCACUUGUCCCUUCCAUCUUAA